AAGUCUAACGUGACGUGUUCGUGUGCGCUGCCUUGCCUGCCAGUCCGGUUUCUGCUCUUCCAGGAUGAAUAUGUUUUUCCCUUUUUAAGCAGAUUCGGCGAUGUUGACCACAAGAACGCACCAAAACAAUACAUGACCGACUCCACCAGCACAGCAGACUCGGGCGGCUGCGCUACACGGCGCAGGCUUAGACGCAAAGGGAGCGAAAGUGAAGGUCUGUACGAAACUGUGCCAGUUGGACAAAAGACGGAGAGGAGGAGGAUGAUGAUGAAGGUGGAGAUGAUGAUGAUGAUGGCUGCGGUUCCGUGUUUGAGGCUCGGCACAGGUGCAGCGAACUGCUCUAUCUCGCCUGGCCUGAAGAUGAGGAAGAGUUUGGACAGUGGCUUCAUCGCUGAAGUCGUGGUGCGUCUGCUGCUGCUGGCUGUGUUCCUAGUGACCGAGGAGCUGACUCCGUUCAGCCGCGAGAUCCAGCCGGAGGAGCUGUGGCUCUAUAAGUUCCGGCAUGUGAAAAACGACCGCGUUCCCACCUCACUCAUGUUCAGCAUCGCUCUCUUCACACCACUUGUCACCAUCCUACUGUUUGCACUCCUGAAGCAGACCGAAAAGGGGGAUGUCAAAGAGGCUUCGCUGGCUAUGACCUUGACUCUGGUACUGAAUGGAGUUUUCACUAACGCUGUGAAGCUUGCUGUGGGAAGGCCACGUCCUGAUUUCUUCUACCGCUGUUUCCCGGAUGGUCAGAUGAACCCAGAGCUGCGCUGCAGCGGUGAUCCGGAAGUGGUUAUGGAGGGCAGGAAGAGUUUUCCCAGCGGACAUUCAUCAUUUGCGUUCGCUGGUCUGGGUUUCACAGCGCUGUAUAUUGCGGGGAAGCUGCACUGUUUCAGUCCAGCUGGCCGGGGAAAAGCCUGGAGGCUGUGUGGCUUCCUCACUCCGCUCCUCUUCGCCAUCAUGAUCGCCCUGUCCAGAACCUGCGACUACAAACACCACUGGCAAGAUGUGUUGGUGGGGUCUCUGCUGGGAUUGGCCUUCUCGUACCUGUGUUACCGUCAAUAUUACCCCGCGCUGAGUGAAUCAGACUGCCACAGACCGCUCAGGCUCAGAGAGACAACACCAUCUUUGCAGAACCGCAAACAGGCUAACACAAGCUACCUCUUGCCUCUAUAGAACCCCAACUAUAUUAGCCCCUAGAACCCAUAUGAUGGAAUUUAUUGGAAUACGUUGUCAGUGUUUUACGAAGUUCUAAGAAAUAUGUUCUGCAUUUUGAUGCAUUUUUAAUAUAUUACAUUUUGUAUGGGUUGAAAUCAUGAACUGUAAGGGCGUUUGCAGAGUGGCCAAGUAGGCCUCAGGCAUUGCCCACAACCUAAUGCUGCCAGUUUCUUUCCUGUGUUGCCUGUGACCUACAAGGACCAAUUUCUGUUUUGGAAUGUUAGACAUUAAAACAACUCAUGUUUCCAGGCUUCUCACACAAACAUGUUCUUUUAUAGCUACUGUGGUGAGGUUGGACAAGUUUUAAAGAACACACAUCAAACCUAAUGAGAAACUGUAGAACAGACUCAGUUUAUAUCACAACACCUACAUUUAGAGGCAGUUAUUCAUUCAACCUAAACUGAAACUAGAGUAGACUGUGCAUAUCACAGUAUCUACAUUUAGAGUGGGGAUCUUCACCAGCGUUCUGUAAAGUUUGUUCAACUUCACAACAAUAGAUAGGAAGUAACAUGUUAGUGGGUGGAGCCUGGAUGAGACAGUUGCGUAUUGUAGAAAGUAGUCUUUCAGAUUUGUUAGUGGACUCUGAACCUUCUGGCCUUUCUGUUUUAAAUAAGUGAAAAACAUGUGUGCUGGUUGUGUGGAACCUAAAUUUGCACCAUUGUAAAAAUAUUUCUCCAUACCUCAGUGGUUGAGAUGUAAACAGAGUGAUUCAGUGGUUCAGAUUUUUUACAGUGGUGGUGAUAGGAACCAGGGGUCACCAUGACCAAAUAUUAAUUUAGAG